AUGACUCUGGCACCGUAUAAGGGAAUCGGGGAUUCUAAAGUUCAUGUCACAAAGUUCGAGUCCAUGAUGUUCCUCAACAGCAAUUCUGAUCCCAUCCUCUGCCGAUCCUUUCCGACCUUUUUAGAUGGAGCCGCCUUACUUUGGUUUUCUAAUAUGCCUGCAGGGUCUAUAACAAGCUUCGACGAAUUCGCGAAGAUGUUCAUCAACCACUUCGCUGCAUCCAAAAUCUAUGUGAGAGACUCGGAUUACCUCAGCACGAUCAAACAGGGACCACAUGAAAGCCUAAAAGACUAUAUGACGCGCUUCACGACGGCAGCUAUAGAGAUCCCCGACCUCAACCCAGAGGUACAGCUGCAUGCAAUAAAAAGUGGCCUCAGACCUGGGAAGUUCCAGGAAGCCAUCGCUGUAGCAAAGCCGAAAACACUAAAGGAAUUCCGAGACAAGGCGAUCGGGCAAAUCGAAAUAGAAGAACUCCAUGAAACCCGAAGGAACGAGAAACCGACAUCCAGAAGGGAAGAGGAAAGACCAUACAAGUCCCAGAACAGAGACCUUAAAAAACCUUUCAAGAUGGACCUGAAGUUCGAUUCGUACACCAGAUUCAACACCAGAAGAGAAGACAUCAUCAAAGAAAUCUUUCACAACAAGCUCAUCAAACCACCAAGUCGAGCAAGUACAUACCAAGACCAAAGGUAUGUCGACAAAACCAAGCACUGCGCUUUCCAUAAAAAAUUCGGCCACACCACGGAUGAGUGCGUAGUGGUCAAGGACACUCUGGAAAGGCUGGCGCGACAGGGCUUGCUAGACAAAUACAUCGGUAGAUGA